AUGCUUCCUGUACUCGGGACCAUCGUGGCUCUGAUCGCCGGCCAGGAUCCGAAAACCGUCGCGUUCCCGCCGAACGGAAACGGCUCGUCCUCCUCGGAGGCGGGAAAUAACAUCGAGCUGCAGCCGGAUGUGACGCGCGGCGGAAUGGCCGCGUUGGUCCCCGCAGCCCUCGUACCGCCGCAGCCGCAGCCGAUGAUGCCCUCGGAUUACUUUUUCCCCGUGCCUCCACGAACGUUCCUGCAUCACAGAAGCGAAAACAUACCUUACGGGUACGAGUAUCCCAACGUCGGGUAUCCGAUGGCGCACUCGAUAGAGCAUUCUGUUGUACCCACGUCGAAGCAGCUUGUAAUAGUCAGUUUCAUCGGUCUUCUGCUGCUCUUGGCGAUCAUACAGAACACGCUAAGUGCGGUUAAGCGGAAGGACGCGAUUAUGGAUCUGCUGUCGUCCAGACAGAAGCGGGAAGUUUACGCCGCACAUGAUUUUCGUCCUGUGACGCCGGAGGAGGAGGAGAUUCUCAACAGCGACGCUCGAGUGCGAUGCAUACAGAGAACGAUAUGUCACGAGAAUCGCAAGCUCUUCCGUGACCUGGGCGCACCGGGCAAAAUGCUGGCGAAGUACUUAACGAGAGACAUAGAGAAAUCAUUGGGGCCGUCGUCCUCGGGCUGGGAUCGUCUCGUGAGGGACGCGGGCGCAGCGGGAAUUCGAGGGGAGAACUGCGACGUGCUUUACAGAGACUGCGACGCUCCGGUGGUGAUAAGAAACAUGCGUGCAGCUCCGAACAACGUCUUGACCAACACGAACCGCCGUGACGGUCCUAAUUAA